AUGAUUGAUAAUUAUUUAUAUGGAUCAGGCUCCACAGCUUCACAUACUAAUUUGUAGAGUCAAAAAAUAUAAAUUAUUUAGAAAAUAAUUGGAUAUAAUCCUAAAUUAGAUAAAUCUAAAUUGAAUUUAAUUCCUUUAAGAAAUAUAUUACCUGUUUCUAUAAAAUAACUGGAUUUUAUAUUAACUAAUCUAAUUUAAAGUAAUUUCAUAAAAUAACUUAGUUAUUUUGGAAACUAUUAAAAGAGAUUUAGAAACACCUGAUAUUAGUUUAGACUAAAUAAUGGUAAUUGAAUAAAAUCAUGAAUGUGGGAUUCCAUUUAUAUUUAGUAAAGAAGACAAUACAACUGCUAGACAAUGUGAAGAUAAAUUAUGCAAUUAAUUUCAAGUUUUAUGUAAUUCUAUUACUAAAUUUUUUAGGUGAAUAAUUAGGAUUUGAUGAAGAAUUUGCUAAUUCUAUUAGUUUGUAAUAAUUUUAGGAUAGGCUUCUAUUGAAAAUUAAUUUUUAAUAAGAUGCUUUAGAAGAGAAUAGCGACACUUUAUUGUAAUUAUUACAAAUAACAAAAUCAUAACCAAUAUUUAACAAUGAAAAUACUUAUCUUUAUCCAAUAUAACCUCCAAGUUUUAUACUUAAAAAUCUAAAUGAAGAUGAAAUUGUUGUUAAAAUAUCAAAAAUACUAGAUGAGGAAUUUUAUGAUUUACGAGAAAUAUCAAUAAUUGAAGAAUUUAAUAACAAACAUCUUCCACACUUAUAUGGUUAUCUUAGAUAUUCUGACAUAAUUAUUUUGUUUAUGAAAAAACAUGAUUGUACAUUUAAUUGGAUUGCAACUGAAUUAUUUAAAAAAAGAAAAGAACUUAAAUCAGAAUAGAUUGAAUAAAUUAUAUAUAAAACUUAUGGAAGUAUGAUACAUGCUUUGAGUUAUAUUCAUUCAAUAGAUUUAAUUCAUAGAGAUUUAAAACCAGAAAAUAUAAUGUUUGAUUUAUUCUAAAAUACAGAGGAUAUAGCUGAACUUUAACAAAUACCAUUUAAUUGUGUUUUGAUUGAUUUUGACAGAUCUAUUUUAGUUGAUAAUGUCCAUUCUAAAAAAAAAUCUUAAUAUAAAGGAACUCCAUUUUAUAGACCUCCUGAAGGAAUACAGGAUAAAUAUCAUUCAAGUUAUGAUAUUUGGUAGUUAGGAUUUAUGUGGUUUCUAAUAUCAAAAUAAUUCUUCUACAGAAAAAAUAUACAAAAAAGUUCUGAUAAGUAAUUAUAUGACAAUAUUUGUAUUAUGAAAACAAAAACGUUUGAAUUUAAUUAAAAGAUAAUUGAUUUAUAAGAAUAACUUUAAUCAAUAGAUACGAGAAGAAUUGACGAUAAAUAGAAAGAAAAAGAAAAGAAAACUUUAUAAACUAAUAUUUAAAUUUAAUUUGAUUAAAGGAAGCAGUUAUACAAUCAUUAUAUUUAAUUAAUUGAUGAUCAAGAGAAUUUUAUUACAUAUAAAAUUCAACUUUAAAAUCUAAUUAAAAAAAUGAUAGAUUUAGAACCUAAAAAUAGAGCAACUAUUUAUGAAAUAUAAGCAGUAUUUAAUACACUAAUUGAUUGA